AUGGCAACAUACGCCCUCUACUACCAUCCAUAUCCCGCCGUGGUAUACAACCGAGCGAGCACAUAUCCAACCGCUGCGCCUUCGCAUCCUACACUCCAGCUACUCGGUUCAGAACCAGGCGUACCACGACCAACAAGGCAAGAGCAAAGCCCCGGGUGCGCUCUGUCUGAUGUCCAAUGCCAGUCCGUACCCUCGAGCCUGAAACCCCAGCCCGGCACGACCUCCACCCAAGAAGACUCAUUUUUCUUCAAGCUCCCCGCAGAGCUCAGGAAUCAAAUCUACAACGAGCUUCUUUGCCCCGACGCCGUAAACCUGAACAGCAUCACGAAGAGAGCAAACGACCUCAACGUGCGGCACUACAACCAGACCUCGACAUCGACAUCCCUCCACCCAGCUAUCCUGUCAACCUGCCGCAAGAUCCACGACGAAGCGACUGCGCUGCUCUACGCGCCUCACAUAUUUCACGCGCACCCUUCUCUCCUGACUUCGCUUCCGCAUCUUACGUCCUCUGCGAAACCCGUGCUGUACCCCAGCGUUACAAACCUCAUCUCGCGCUGGCAAAUCUGUCUGCGAUUGGACACGGACCCGCAAUUUACCGCUACACAAGCUGCGGCUGCGUUCUCUGGCGCGGAGUACCUCGAAAUCCGGGUCUGGCAAGCGCAGUUUGAAGCGUGCGACUACGCUGUUUUGAAGCUGUUCACUGCUGUCCGUGGCGUGCAAUUUGCACGUGUGGGAGGUGACGUGGAUGCGAAGCUAGCAAGGUGGCUGGAGGAGCAGAUGAUGAGACCCAAAGAAGAAGCGUGUGAGGGAGCAUGCCAGGGUGACGAAGUGUGUUUGUGGAAGGGAAUGGGAGAGAUGCUUUGUGGCAGGUGUUAUGAUAAGGUGUCCAGCUUAGGGACAGGUGUACUGCGGUUGCAGGAAAUAAGAUGA